UCAAUGUGCUCUAGUGGUGUGGUUAAACAAAAACAAAUUUCGAAACUGAAAAGGGAGCUAAUUAGUUGAUAGAAAAGUAGCUCCUAACUGCUGCCCCAAGUUUGACCAGAAAACAUUUGGCUAACGUUCGCGAACUAUUGGAUUGUUUCGCGAUGUUGCCAUUUCUGCUCGUUCUGGCUGAAUGCAGAUCAGUUUCAGAUCAGAUCAGGUCGUAGGGUUUUAUGUGCACAUUCAGAAAAAGCUGUUGUAGGGCACGCCUGUCCUGGGUGCAGGUGCUGGCUCCUACGCCCAGGACAGUAAAAGAUGUUUAAGAUGUCUGUCGACUUUAUCUAUAGACCUAUACGUGUAACACGUCACUGCAUGUGUUUACCCGCCAUUUAUAUACAGGGUUUCCCCAUUUGUGUCAGCUCUAUAUUUAGAAACACGUCAUUUGUAUUACGAGUACCCACCAUUCAUCAACUGUACGAUCCACUUCUUAAAAAAAAACCAAAAAGAAAAAAAGAAAGAAAAAAAGCCGUCAUUGGGUUUACCCGCUAAUCGUCUACUUUUUGUUUUUGUGAAAAGUUUAAAUAGGUAUCGCCAAACUGGAAUACUUCAUUCAAGUUGACUGCGCCACGAAAUCAGUUUGUUUUGUUUAACAAAAUCAGAGGAAUAGAAAACAAUAUUUUCUUUACAUUUACUUUAUAUCCUAUACCAGGGAUAGCAAAUAUCAAGACAGCAUUCUUGUGCAGAAGCAACAUACUCUUCCUCAUCAGCAUUAACAUGCAAGCGAGAGGACGUGCCUAUCGGUGCAGCAAGUGCCCCCAGUAUGUUGAAGAGCGCAGUAAAGUCGAAUCUCACUUUUUAAAAAACCACGUGGCAUUAGAUCGAGCCAAGUUUUAUUGCACGCUGUGCAGUUUCAGGUGCAAUACCAAGGCCGCGUUGAAGAAUCAUGUCAAGCGAUACACAGCGCAUGUAGACAGGGUGAAACAAAUGAAACCUGAAGGUAAAGAGGUAGACAAAAUUUUAUCGCUGUGUCUUAAAGAGUCGGAAGAUCCAUACGUCAUCAAAGAAACUGAUGUCAUCGAGCUACCAGUAAGUGAAUCCCCCAAUACCCGGAGGAAACGAAGCAAGAACACAGGAACCACUCUAACUCAACUAACAUCCACAGAACCAACAACGGUGUCAUCUAUGCAACCACUGAUACAAGCACAAAAUGUAACAUCAUCAUUAUCAGAAAUCAGUAAAAUAUUAAAAGAGUUGCUAACACGGGCUACACGGCUGAACACUGCGAUUGAUAAAAACACAGACAUGAUGGAAGCAUUGAUGAAAGAGUGGAAAUGCAAUAGCGCUAAAAGAUUUGCAACAGGAGACAGCCAGGCAGGGAAUCCAAAGAAAGCAAGGCGAGAGGAAGUUUCAACAGCUGGAGACAACAAGGGGAAAGAGACGAAACGGCACGAUGUAGACAACAACAAGAGAGCCUGGAGGGAUGAACGACGACCUCGCUAUCACACAAGAUUCGACUACAGAAAGGAUGGACACUAAACAACAAUAACCAUUGGAACAUUUGUUGUAUGACUAUUCCAAAGUAUUAUAUAUACGGAAAGAAAGUGAAAAGUGGAACCAGGACAAAGGUGAACAAAGACAAUUCGAUAAACAGACAGUUUUGUUUGGAAUCAUCAAUAAAAAACCCCAACACAACACUAUUUUCUAAUUGGCUCAUUAUUAAUAAUAACAUAUUAUAUACAUAGAAGUAAAUUGAAAAAAAAAUACAAAGAAAAACCCCCACAGGAACUUAACGUAUAUGCUCUUUACAUUCUUUAAAAGAUAAAAUACAAAUUGAAAAAUAUAUGCUAUCUUAAAACUAUCAGUUCAAAGAAUAUAACUACUGGGCACCUUGGACCAAAUUCCUUGAAACAGGCAUGUCAAUAUAUUGUUCUAGAUGAAUUGAUGACAACAUGAAGUGCACUAACUUCUGUAUAAAAAGGUUAUUCUGUUUUGUCCUUUCUUUGUCUCAAUUUUUUCUUUCUUACAUUCUUUAACUCCUUUUCUUUUAAUUUUUAGUUUUCAUUGUUAACACCAUUUAUCAUAUAAUUUUUAUGCAUUCAUGUGUCCCUAUAUAUUAGUAAUUAUCGUAUUAACAGGCCUCACACCAGCGUAUGAAGUUGCGGUGAAUGGACUUCAUAGAUACUAAUUAAGUGUUAAUUAUCUAAGCAUUCGAAGCGCCAUUGGCGCCACAAAAUCAUGCUCGUCUAGACCGGACCACAUCCGUUACUGACGCUAAAAGUAAAAUGCGCUACUGACUGUUGAAGCGUAUCACGUCUAGUAACUCGAUUGUUUAUUUUGUAUAAUGGUAUAUUCAAUUUUUUAAAAUUAAAAUUUAAUUUUCUCAAUGAAAACGUAUUCAUUAGCCGCUUAUUUGGCACAAAUAGUUUUAAUACUGUCACUUGAUCACAACGAGUACCGUUUUCGUGACCCAUAGCUACAUUGUAGUGACCGGUUAUAAGCUUUGAUUUUUGUCCUGGACGGAUGAGCCGGUCGAGGCCGCCACCUGUGCCCAGGACAGGCAUGCGCUACAACAGCUUGCUCUGAAUGUGAACGUUAAACACUUUGGUCUUGGUCUUUGAUUUUUUGUUUAAGUUAAAAGAGUUACUUAUUAGUGCCAUUUUAUUAAUGCUAGUUGUUUGUUUUGUUAUACAUGUUAUGAUUGUCACCUUUCUUAGAGAACAACUGUUACAAUUUUGUUAUGAUACUAAAUUACAUUAAAAACCCACCAACAACAACCACUCAACAUUCACACUGUCUUUAUCUCUGUAUGAGAGUGGAAAUUAUUAUCGGCCAGCAGAAGGAGGGAUUUGUCUGUUUCACACGAGGAAGUCCAAAAAAAAGAAGAAAAAAAGA